AUGUCAAUCGUUAUCUUCUCACUUCUUAAUUUUUUGUUCUUUUACUGCUCUCUCUCUCUCCCUCUCUCUUUUCCUCUCUCUCUCUUCCUCCCUCUCUCCCUCCCUCUCUCUUUCCCUCUCUCUCUUUCCUCUCUCUUUCCUUCUCUCUUUCCCUCUCUCUCUCUCCCUCUCUAUUUCCUCCCUCUCUCCCUCUCACUCUCCCACUCUCUUUCCCUCUCUCUUUCCCUAUCUCUCUUUCCCUCUCUUUCCCUCUCUCUCUCCCUCUCCUUCUCUCCCCCUCUCUCCCUCUCUCCUUCUCUCCCCCUCUCUCCUCCUCUUCCCCUCCCUCUCUAUCUCUCUCUCCCUCUCUCUUUCCCUCUCCCUCUCUCUUUCCCUCUCCCUCUCUCUCCCCCAUCUCCUCCCUCUCUCUCCCCCUCUUCCCCUCCCUCUCUAUCUCUCUCACUCUCUCUCUUUCUUUCUGAUUUAAAUGUUUUCUUUUUCUUAUAUUCUUUCACACUCAUGCCGGUAAUAAUUUUUAUCUAUCUAUCUAUCUAUCUAUCUAUCUAUCUAUCUAUCUAUCUAUCCAAAUUUAUUUCAAAGUUUAUUCCUAUCUAUCUAUCUAUCAAAUUUAUUUCAAAGUUUGGUUUGUUUUAUCAUAUCUAUUUUUUAUUAUCUAUUAAUAUUUUCUAUCUAUCUAUCUAUCUAUGUCAAUAUAUUGGUUUGAUUUUUAUUGCUGGUAAUAUUUUCUAUCUAUCUAUCUAUCUAUCUAUCUAUCUAUCUAUCUAUCUAUGCAGCGGCCAGAAAUCAUUUGGCCAGGCUAUCAGUUCCUAUCUAGACAAUGUUAAGUGUCAAACAACAAGGGGGUAUCGGAUUAUUGAUAAGGUUUAA